GAUGGACCAUAUACCAAAUUUCACUACAUCAGAGAUUGCCUUUUAGUGGCUCCUCUGAAAAAAAAAAUUAUAUUAUUUAAAACACCUGUGCGUGACUUUUACUCGUCUUCAGAAUGAAGUUGUUUGCUUUCGUGUGUCUCACAACCGUCGUGGUGCUGGCCUCCGGUCAAAGCAUCGACGAAUGCCUAAAUCAAGAUAGUAUAUCAUGCAUUCAAAAAAGUAUUUAUCGAAAAGCUAAGGAAUUCUUUGACAAGGACAGUUUCGAGAUUGUUAGCGGUGUCACAUUGGUCAAAGCCAAGGACGACAGAUCGUCAAGAUCAAAUAAGGAAGUCCUCUAUGAUCAGGAGAUCGAUACAGCCAAUAAUGUUGCCGAGAGACAAAAUGCCCUUGAAAAUUACGUUGGGGAUGGUAUCAGCGACUUCUUUGCCGGACGCAGCCUCAAAAUCAACUUUGCACCAGCAAUUGAAAAGAUUGGCGAAUCUGCACGUGCUAUUUCGGAAUCUGUUCCCACCGAAGUCCGUCAAGCCGUCAACGAAGUUGUUGAAGGACGUGGAAAAAAGAAGAUCCUGAAGCACAUUUUACCUUUGUUGGUGGCUGCUAAAGUGAAAAUGGGUGCCCUCGCUGUUUUGGCCUACUUUGCCAUUGCCCUCAUCGCCAAGAAGGCAAUCUUCGCCUCCCUCAUUGCCAUUGCAAUUUCUGCAUUUUUGAAAAUGAAAUCCUUCUUCCAAGGAAAAGGUGGUGUCGGCAUCACUGGCUACAAUAACGGAUGGAAUUCAGCAUCAAGCAGCGCAUGGUCUGGUCCAUCGGUAUCAUCAGGAGGUUGGCAAUCAGGUGCAUCAUCCGGUUGGGAUGCUGGUGCAGCACAAUCAUUCUCUGGAUACCAUUAAAGACAAAAAAAAAAAAAACCCUACACUUAUUUCUAGUUACAAAACAAAAAUCACGUGAUUGAUUUUUUGUUCCAUUUUUAAUUUAUUCAAAAUUAGGAGAUGAAGAAAAAAAAAACAUCAUUCAUCAUAUGAAAUCUCGAGAAUUUUUCUCGACAAUGUAUUUAUUUAAUUUAUAUUUAUAGAUAAAGAGAGUAAUGUUGCAUUUAGAUUGCUGAAUGCAAUGAAACAUGUAAAUAAUUUACUUAAUCACAUGUAUAUUCUUUGCACGCGAUUCAUGUUCGAUUAAUAUUACAAACGAUAAUGUAUAUGCGGACAUGUGUAAAGUAGACUUGUCAAUAAGUCAAUGAAUAAAAACAAAAUAGAGAGGCUA